AUGCCCCCGGCAGCAGUCACAGCAGGAGUUGGAGGGAACAAGAUAGCGGGCAAGACAGCUGUACCCAGAGCACCGGGAGAGAAACGGCCCAAGCAGAGCUUCAGCUGUGCUGAGUGCCGCCGUCUCAAACUGAAGUGCUCAAGAGUAUGGCCGUGCACUACUUGCCAGCGGAGAGGAUGCGCCCAAAUUUGCCCCAGUGGUGAAGCAAAGACAGGCAAGGGAAAACGGCUUAUCUUGGCAAACACCGAAGAGCUACAUGAACGCAUCUAUGAGCUAGAAAUGGCCCUUGCGGAACUUCAAGCUAAAAUAUCGACUGCACCCCAUCCUCUUCUCGCCACCCCUUAUCUAUAUGCCCCUAGGGAUCCGAAGGAGUCCUCGUGGGCUACGGUCCAGCCCCAGAGCGCAUCUUCGACAUCGGGAUCAGUUGCCCCACCCAUCAAGAAACAUGCGCCUCGAGAUCAGGAACACGAGGACAGGCUGGAAGCUGCUUUCGGAAUGCUAACUAUAGGCAAAGAGGGACAGGCCAAGUUUGUUGGGAGUUUUGCGGGGAGUGAAUACCUUCGCGAAGAGAAGGAGUCUGAAGACGAGGAAGAGAAUGAGGUACGCGUAGGGGCACCUCAGCAAGGUCUUCGACGCUCGUCAAGCGGCCAGCACACCUCCUAUGUUGGACAGGCUUUCACCUCACCUAUACAGAAUCCACAAAUCCCGGGCAUGAAUCCAGAUCAGACUCCCGGGCUACAAUAUUCUCUCCUGCCAGGCAGUGAAGCGUCUUAUGACAUUGAGGGGCUGCGAGCUCAAUUGCCCGAUUACGACGUAGAGGGCAGGUCGUUAGUCGAGAGUUACUGGGAGAAUGUCAACUGGCAAUACCAACCUAUCCCUCGAAAGAUGUUUGAAAACGAUCACAUCCUCAACGCGUAUGACACCGAGUCCCCAGUAAAUGCUCACAAGCUUGCCUGUGUCUUUCUUGUCAUGGCGCUGGGGGCGUCGUACGAUCUGAACAGAGUUCCUUAUCACCCUCGAAGCGAAGUACUCUAUCUGUUAGGGCGUGCUUGCAUCUCAACAUCGGGCACUCAGCAGGCUAGUCCUGCUACAGUACAAGCACUGCACCUGAUGGGAACUUACAUUCUCGACGACAAAAGCGGGAAUGGUGCUGAGGUGUUCUGGCCGAUCCUGGGCACAGCCAUCAAGGUUGCUCAGAGUAUUGGGCUGCAUCGGGAUGGGUCUCACUUCGGCCUGUCGCAGUAUGAGGUUGAGGAGCGAAGGGUGGCUUGGUGGGACAUUGUCUCUAUAGACAAGUACCAGUCACUAUGCUUUGGGAGGCCAUCUUCCACGAGUGGUCGUUGGUCAGACACAAAGCUGCCGGAAGUGCUGGAGCUUAUAGAGGACGAGACUGGCUUCCACAGGUCGAGAUACCAGCUCAUGAAGCUCAUGGAGCGCGCGAUCGAGAUUCAAACUCAGAUUGAGCCAGUGUCAUUCUCUGUGGUCAUCGACCUGGAUCACGACCUGCAAAACUACAAGAAAAACUUGCCUGCAAACUUAAUGCCAGAUGUCCCAAUUCUAGAUAUGCCCACCGACUCCCAGGGUGAAUCGCACCUCGUCAUCCACCGUUUCGCCAUCCGACUACAGAUCGCUCAAACUCGUCUUCUUUUGAAUAGGCCACUGUUUGCGCGAGCCCUGAAGGAGUCCCCACAGGACCCUGCCCGUAAUGCCAAAUUAGGAGAAAGUUUCUUGGCCCUGUUCGACAGUGCACUUGAGAUCGUUCAGCUGGUGAAGGCACUGGUAAUCUAUAAUCCCAGGCUGAUCGCUAGAUGGUGGUUCUUCUGGUUCCAUGCAUUCUCGGCGGCUGUUUGUCUUGCCGCGAUUGCCAUCCAAGCGCCUACUUGUGCCUACGCCACUCCAGCUUUCCAGGCCAUGUCCAUUGUUUGCGACAUCUCCGCCGCUGCCCGCGAGGGUUGCCGUGCCAGGAAGGGCCUUCCGAUGCUCCUUCGCCUCCGUCAAAGAGCGCUGAACUCUCUGACGUCUGCAGUCCCAGUAUUUGCCAUGAAUGGCAUGUCAAGGCAAGGACCUCCUCUUCCGGCAAGAGCAGGGGAAGAAGACGAGGAUGAUCUGAGCCAUCUGGCGGGAGGCGUCAAGCUGAGAAGAAAGGGCGUGGCUGGGCUAGAUCGCUGGUCCCCAUCGGAAGAGGAUUUCUCUCCAGGUCUGGGGAACGCUAUCAAGACUGUGGCUGCCCUUUUCGAAGGUGGUCCCUUCGAAAGCAAUACCGUCCCAGGACUCUAUGCCCACCAGGCUUCGACGAUGGCCUCGUUCGGGGAUCCAUACAGCUUCCAACAGUCGGGUUCCAAUUUAAACACUUCGCCGACAGCUCACGCUGCAGAGUUUACAACUGAAGCCCAAUCAUUCGGCUCCGAAUCUUUGCUUCAGGUUCCGAACUAUGGGCCUCUCUCGCCAGGUAUGGACCUCUCAAUGUCGGCCGCUUUUGGUAUGGGGGCAGGCAUAGGCAUGGGCGGAAUGCAGAUGAUCGACAUGAACAACGAUACGGGAUUUGGUGCGGAUUGGCAUGGUGACCAAGUCUUUGGGGGUAAUGCGUGGGCUGUGGAUGGAGAGCGAGGCGUUGGUGGUGGAGAGGAUGGCAGAGGGCAGCCGCCUAUGUUCGACUUCGACGGCUUCGUGGGGAAGAUGGGCAUAUAG